CCUUUUCUCACCCACCCCACCCUUACUCCUUACCGGCCAGAUACUGGCAGGUGGGGCCAGAGUUGCCUGUGUCCUGAUGGCCAGACUAGGGGACCUCUGUGGUUGCUGGUGGGAGGAUCGCCUUGGAACCCUGCCUUGGAACCCAAACCCCUCUCGACCCUGUGAGAUUCCACCUGAUGAACCCUGACCUCUGGCUCUGGCUCCAGCCCUGAUUUGGGGGCAGGGGGUGUGGAUGGUAAUGUGCUGGGAAGGCUGGAAGGAUUUGUGUGGCCUGGCAAGUAGGUGGGGCAAGGUGCCUCAGUGCCGGAGGAAUGUGUGUCCAUGACUGUGAGUGAAUGUGACACUGGGCCUGUCUGUUGACUGUGCUACUGUGGUUCAGUAUUAUGUGUGCAUUUAUAAGUGUGUAAAUCCCUCACGGGACCGUUCUGUGAGUAUGUGGCGCUUACUAGUGAACAUCUUGUGUCUGCAAAGGUAGAUCUUUAUGUGUGCUUGUCCCAGAGUUCUCAGCUUUGUGAAUGUCUCUGUGUACGUGUGUGUAGCAACUAGUGUAUGCACGCGUGUGUUAUCUUAGUGUGGGAAUGUAACAUCGUUAUGACUGCAUAAGGGAAACUCACAAAGUUGCAUGAGUGUGUUUAGGCAUGUAAGAAUGUGCACCUGUGUAUUGUUGAUUGUGCAGGUGUGUAUCCAUUAUAUGUGUGCAUUCCAGCAUGUUGGUGAGUGUGCAAGGUAUAUCUGUUCUAAGUGCAGGAACCUGAUUGUUAGGGGGCACCUGGGGUUUCUCUGUUGUGUCUGUGCAUCUGUGAGUGUGCAUGUGUAAGAGAAAGUCAGUAUUGUAUGUUGUACAUAGGUGUGUCAAACUGGAGGUCUGCGUAUUUAUGUUGUGAGUCCAUUUUUGCUUCAGCGUUGGUCUUUGGGAGUAAGGUUACAUGUUUUCAAACAUGUGCAGGCCACAUGUGCCUGUGCCCCUGGUACAAGGCUGACCCCACUCCUGGGCCAGUGGGAUUGAGGCUCUGGUGCUGACCCAGGCCCUGACUCCCUGAAGAGAGAUGAAGAAACCGAGAUUCAGAGAGUUUCAGACACUUGCCCAAGGUCACACAGCUAGUCUCACUGCCCACUCCUGCCUUCCCACUGCGCCAUGGCUCCAGGCCCCUUUGCCUCGGCGCUCCUCUCGCCGCCACCUGCUGCCCUGCCCUUCUUGCUGCUGCUCUGGGCCGGGGCAUCUCAUGGCCAGCCGUGUCCCGGCCGCUGCAUCUGCCAGAACGUGGCGCCCACGCUGACCAUGCUGUGCGCCAAGACCGGCUUGCUCUUCGUGCCACCCGCCAUCGAUAGGCGCGUGGUGGAGCUGCGGCUCACCGACAACUUCAUCGCAGCUGUGCGCCGCCGCGAUUUUGCCAACAUGACCAGCCUGGUGCAUCUCACCCUCUCCCGGAACACCAUUGGCCAGGUGGCGGCCGGCGCCUUUGCAGACCUCCGCGCCCUCCGUGCCCUGCACCUCGACAGCAAUCGCCUGGCUGAGGUACGCGGUGACCAGCUCCGAGGACUGGGCAACCUCCGCCACUUGAUCCUCGGCAACAAUCAGAUCCGCAAGGUGGAACCGGCUGCCUUUGAUGCCUUCCUGUCCACUGUGGAGGACCUGGAUCUGUCCUACAACAACCUAGAGGCCCUGCCGUGGGAGGCUGUGGGCCAGAUGGUGAACCUCAACACACUUACGCUGGACCACAAUCUCAUCGACCACAUCGCGGAGGGGACCUUUGUGCAACUGCACAAGCUGGUGCGCCUGGACAUGACCUCCAACCGCUUGCACAAACUCCCACCUGAUGGGCUCUUCCUGAGGUCCCAGGGCGGGGGACCCAAACCACCCACGCCGCUAACUGUCAGUUUUGGUGGAAACCCACUGCACUGCAACUGCGAGCUGCUUUGGCUACGGCGGCUGACCCGGGAGGAUGACCUGGAGACCUGCGCCACCCCUGAGCACCUCACUGACCGAUACUUCUGGUCCAUCCCUGAGGAGGAAUUCCUGUGUGAACCCCCGCUAAUCACACGGCAGGCUGGGGGCCGGGCCCUGGUGGUAGAGGGUCAGGCGGUCAGCUUGCGCUGCCGGGCGGUGGGGGACCCUGAGCCUGUGGUGCAUUGGGUAGCGCCUGAUGGGAGACUGCUGGGGAACUCCAGCCGGACCCAGGUCCGGGGAGAUGGGACGCUGGAUGUGACCAUCACCACUUUGCGGGACAGUGGCACGUUCACUUGCAUUGCCUCCAAUGCAGCAGGGGAAGCCACAGCGCCCGUGGAGGUGUGUGUGGUACCUUUGCCGCUCAUGGCACCCCCGCCAGCUGCCCCACCACCUCUCACUGAGCCCGGCUCCUCUGACAUCGCCACACCAGGCAGACCUGGUGCCAACGAUUCUUCUGCUGAGCGCAGGCUGGUGGCGGCGGAGCUUACCUCUAGCUCGGUGCUUAUCCGCUGGCCUGCCCAGAGGCCAGUGCCUGGCAUCCGCAUGUACCAGGUCCAGUAUAACAGCUCAGCGGAUGACUCCCUCGUCUACAGGAUGAUCCCGUCAACCAGCCAGACCUUCCUGGUGAAUGAUCUGGCAGCAGGCCGUGCCUAUGACUUGUGUGUUUUGGCAGUCUACGACGACGGGGCCACGACCCUGCCGGCAACGAGAGUGGUGGGCUGCGUGCAGUUCACCACUGCUGGGGAUCCUGCACCUUGCCGUCCGCUGAGGGCCCAUUUUUUGGGUGGCACCAUGAUCAUCGCCAUCGGGGGCGUCAUUGUCGCCUCAGUCCUUGUUUUCAUCGUUCUGCUCAUGAUUCGCUACAAGGUGUAUGGCGAUGGGGACAGUCGCCGAGGCAAGGGCACCUCUAGGUCGCCCCCGCGGGUCAGCCACGUAUGCUCGCAGACCAAUGGUGCAAGUGCCCAGCUGGCCGCCCCGCCAACGCAGGACCGCUAUGAGACGCUGCGCGAGGUGGCACCCGGGCGCGAGGUGACCGCUCCAGCUGCCGUGGAGGCCAAGACCACCGCGGUCGAGGCGACUUCCGUGGAACCAGAAGUGGUACUGGGACGCUCGCUGGGUGGCUCAGCCACCUCGCUGUGCCUGCUGCCCUCGGAGGAAACUUCUGGGGAGGAGUCUCGAGCCGGGACAGGGCCUCGGAGGAGCCGUUCUGGGGCCCUGGGGCCGCCAGUUUCAGCGCCUCCGACUCUAGCUCUGGUUCCAGGGGCAGCCUCGGCCCGGCCGAGGCCGCAGCAGCGCUACUCCUUCGACGGGGACUACGGGGCACUCUUCCAGAGCCACAGUUACCCGCGCCGCGCCCGGCGGACAAAGCGCCACCGGUCCACGCCACACCUGGACGGGGCUGGAGGGGGCGCGGCCGGGGAGGAUGGAGACCUAGGGCUGGGCUCUGCCAGGGCGCGCCUGGCCUUUACCAGCACCGAGUGGAUGCUGGAGAGUACCGUGUGAGUGAGCAGCGGGUGGGCAACGGGAUGCCUGGGGGCCGCGGACCAACGCCCCCGCCGCCCGGACGCAGGGGUGGACAAGAGAGCGCGCGCAGAGCCUGGAGGCCAGCACCGCGCACUGGAGCCGGACUCGCCCAGCUCCUCCGGAGGGGCGGGGCCUCCUGGCCACCAGGGCUCCAGGCCCCGCCCCCCAAGGGGCUGGGGUGGGGCCGCCCCCUCGCCCGCCCCUCCCCCCGCGCGCUCGCGUACCUCGCUGGAGCCGGUGCCUUACAAGCGAAGCGCGGGGAGGGGCAGGGCCUCCCGACACUGCAGCACUGAGACACGAGCCCCUCCCCCAGCCCGGGACCCGGGCCAGGGACGAGGGGCCCAUUUCUUGUAUCUGGCUGGACUAGAUCCUAUUCUGUCCCGCGGCGGCUUCCAAAGCCCCACCUCACCCCACUCACCUCCCGGUCCCGGGUCCGGUCCAUCGGGUCUGGCUUGGGAUCCUCUCUUUCCCCAUCUGUCUCAGUCUCGCCCUCUGUCGUCUGUCCUACGUGUCUGUCUCUGUCUCCGUCCUGCCCUACUUGUCUCUCCUUUUUGUGCCCCAGUAUGUGCUGUCCUCUUCGGUUCGGUUCAGCCCAGUCUUCCUGUCUCUCCGGAUCUCCACUCCCUGCUCCCCGCUCUCCCGGGCAGGUCCCACAGGAAGGACCAGACUCUCUCCUAUGCCUUCCUCGUUCCCCCAGUGAAUCCCACAUGAACAAAAUCCAAAACCAAAUCCCCCUCCCUGUCGGAGCUGGGACCCUCCGCCGCAGCAGAAUUAAACUUUUUUCUGUGUCCGA